AUGGGAGGGAGCCCUGCCGGCGAGAUGCAUCAUCCUUGCUCCUCUGCUGCCACCUGUAGGCCUGGCCUCGAACCCCGCGGCCGCCCCGAUGGCCAUCCGACGCCGCUCCCUGCCUACGCGUGCGUCUUCGUGCUUGUGCUCUCGCUCGUGCUGCUUCGAAAGGGCCGUCGCGGCAUCUUCCAGCGGGGUCCCAAUCUUUCCAGGGUCCUGGUCUCUGCCGGCUUGGGGAGCUGUCCAAAAGCAAAGUUCGCUCGGCCGUUGCCCAUCCCAUCUCGCCUCGCGCUCCCCCCCUCCCUCCCCUCCCCCUCCUCGUCAUCGUCCCCGCGCGCGCGUGUCGUCUACGCCGACGUGCUGCCUCCGAGGGAGUACCGUACCCGGCUUCGUGCUGCCAUUCGCAGGACAUCACAGUCAUGUCCGUCUCCUUUGGGCAGACACGACGACGGCCGCUUCCCGUCUUUCGUCCUCGCUCCUCCCGCCGACGCCCCAUUGGCUACCGAUAUCACGUCGUGCAUGCGCCCACGCCCUUCCCUCGUCUCGCCACGGCCGGCUUCGAGCCGCCGCCGCCGGACGCAGGGAAUUCGUGAUCCCAGUCCCCAAAAGAAAUGCUUCCCGCUCGCUCGCCGUCCAACCCUCGGCCGCCCGCCUGAUGCACGCCCCCCCUCCCCCGAGACCUUGCACGCUUGA